UGUGCCUGCUCUGGCUGUAAAUCAGAUUGUAGAAGUGGAUGUAUAAAUCCACAUAAAUGUGCAGAACCUGGCAGACUCAUGCUUGAUGACUUGGAUCCAAUGUGGAUCUCUCAGCAUGAAUCUGAAGUACUAACCAGCACAAUUCAGCCUGGACAAUCUCAAAAAAAUGACUGCAGGGAUGAAUCUGAAGGCAGAAUACUCUUUAGCCCAACUACUGCA